AUGGCCAAGAGGAAAGUAUGGGAGAAUGCAAGUGAGAGCAUGAUGGUCCUGGAGACCAUCCUGGAGCUCCUCCACCAACCAUCAUGCAAGGUUGUGCUGGGGACCUUGCUCUUGCUGGGAGGUGGAGGCCUUGUGUUGUGGGCCCAGAGGAAGAGGAGCAGGAAGACAUUUCCCCAGCCUGCACAAGACGAGCUUCCAGAAUCCCAUAGAGCAAAUGACAGCUGGAUCAAAUCUCACUUUAGCCGCCUCUCCCAAGAGAAGCUGCACCACGAUGAUUAUGUCCACGCCAAUGCCUGCAACGAUGGUCUCCAGCCUGAGAGUGGGAGCGGAGAGGCCAGCACCACGAUCCGCAUGGAGACCUUCACAACCAGGCGAGGGGAAGGAGGCACAGCUCUGCACAGGGAAUCCUUCACCAGCAGGCAGAGGAUGUCAGGGUCCUCAAUGAGCAAAGAGACCCACAAGGAGUUGGGAGUGUCCCCGUCCAUGGAGGACGCCACCUGGGCCUCUGUGGCUGCUUGUGUCAAGGAGAUUGACACCCAGGGGCAGCACCUGGCUAACUCCAUGCUGCAGAGAGCCGCAGCUUACCAGCACUCAGGCCACGUGGAGUCCGAGGACAUCAACCCGGAGGAGCUAAAGGGCCUUGAGGAGGUGGAGAUGAAGCUGAAAGGGAAUUUCUUCACCCAGAGGGACACCACCAUAGCUGGUGCCAACCAAGCACAUGCUUUCUAUAGCCACAAUCGCCAUGGCCACCAGAGCCACCAAGGCCACCCAGGGCACCAGAGCCACCCAGGCCACAAAAGCUACCAGGCCCAUCCAGGCCACCAGAGCCACCAAAGCCAUCCAGGCCACCAAAGCCACCAGGGUCAUCCAGGCCACUCGAGCCACCAGGGUCAUCCAGGUCACCCAAGCCACCAGAAUCAUCCAGGUCACCCAAGCCACCAGAGCCACAGCCUGCCCAACCGCAGCCACCCAACCUAUGACUCUUGA